ACAAGGAAAUGCGCGAUCCCGUGGUGCAUUGCGCGGUGAAUCUGCAUGUGGCGUGCAUGGUGGUGCGAUCAGGUGAUCGUGACCCGGCAGACGCGGACCGGUCAGACAGCGUUACGUGUACCGCUGCGGUAGAGCGCUGUUACUCCAACGCUGCUACUCUACAGUAAACAAACGCGAAUACAACUACGCACCUGACCGAGUCAUCAUGGCGGCCUUUACUGUGGAGAGUCCUAACGUUCGCUACACCGACAGUCACAUCGAGAGCAAGUACCGGUACCAGACAACCAGGGUCACCCAGGGAGCAAACGGCACUCGCAAGGUGGUUCCCGUGGAGACCGCUAUAGACUUCCAGACGGAGCUUGGCGUGCCCAGGCUGGGCUGCAUGCUGGUGGGAUGGGGCGGGAACAACGGGUCCACGGUCACCGCCGCCAUCCUGGCCAACAAGCUGGGCCUGACCUGGCACACCAAGGACGGCCUGCAGGAGUCCAACUACUUCGGCUCCGUCACCCAGGCCUCCACUGUCCUGCUGGGCUCCGGGCCUGACGGGGACGUCUACAUCCCACUCAAGGACCUCCUGCCAAUGGUCCACCCCAAUGACAUCGUGCUGGAUGGCUGGGACAUCUCUGCCAUGAAUCUGGCCGACGCGAUGGAGCGUGCCAAGGUCCUGGACUACGACCUUCAGCGCCAGCUCCGCCCGCACAUGGAACACCUGAAGCCCCGCCCCUCCAUCUAUGUCCCCGACUUCAUUGCAGCCAAUCAGGAGUCCCGAGCCGACAACCUCAUCAAGGGCACCAAGAUGGAGCAGGUGGAUCAGAUCCGGAGGGACAUCCGGGACUUCAAGACCAAGAACAACCUGGACAAGGUGAUUGUCCUGUGGACAGCGAACACUGAACGUUUCAGCGAUGUCCUGACUGGGCUGAACGACACGGCUGCUACACUGCUGAGCGCCAUUGAGAAGAACGCCUGCGAAGUGUCACCCUCCACGCUCUUUGCAGUAGCCAGUAUUCUGGAAGGGAGUGCCUACAUCAACGGAUCCCCACAAAACACGUUUGUGCCAGGAGUGCUUGAGCUGGCAGAACAGCACGGUGUCUUCAUUGGAGGAGACGACUUCAAGUCAGGACAGACCAAGAUCAAGUCAGUCCUGGUGGACUUCUUGGUGAACGCAGGCAUCAAGCCCGUGUCGAUCGUCAGCUACAACCACCUCGGCAACAACGAUGGGAAGAACUUGUCUGCGCCAAAGCAGUUCAGGUCCAAGGAGAUCUCCAAGAGCAAUGUAGUGGAUGACAUGGUGGAAUCUAAUGACAUCUUGUUCAGCGACGGCAAGAAGCCUGACCACUGCGUCGUCAUCAAGUACGUGCCGUACGUGGGUGACAGUAAACGUGCGAUGGAUGAGUACACGUCUGAGAUCAUGAUGGGCGGUCACAACACCAUCGUGGUGCACAACACGUGUGAGGACUCCCUGCUGGCCAGCCCGCUCAUCCUGGACCUCAUCAUCCUGACUGAGGUCUGCCAGAGAAUCAGGUUCAAAGUUGGAGAGGACACUGAGUACCAGACAUUCCACUCUGUGCUGUCCAUCCUGAGCUACCUGUGCAAGGCCCCAUGGUUGCACCUGUCAUCAACGCACUGUUCAGACAGAAAUCCUGCAUAGAGAACAUCUUCAGGCAAGU